AUGAUCGUCCCGAGAGCGGCGCCGGAGCGAGCGCGCGGCCGCCCGCCCCGCCGCCGCAGUCAGCCCAGCGGCUCUGCAGGUCUGGGCCGGGGCUUCGGCUCAGCUCCGGGCCGCCAUUGGCUCCCGCGCUGCCCGGUGCCUCCGCCCCUAGACCUGGGCGCCGCCGCCGCGGCCAGGCCGGAGAAGAAGCCCCUCCCCGCCACGGCGGAGCUGCGGGAACACAUCUUACUUUCAUCAGCACUGUUGAAAAAAGAAGAAAAAAUACCAGUGCUGCCUCCUGAAAUCAAAUUUGAAACUUCUAAUGUCACCAGAAAUUCCCUUGACAGUUGUUUUCUUUUUGAGAGGAGUUGGAGGAAAGCAGUUUUAGAAACACAAAAGAUGAGGAAAGAAUGCACCACAGCAUUUGGUCUAGAAGAAUUCAAAGAAUGUGUCAAAAUGCCAUAUUUACCAGGAGUGCAAAAUUGCCAAAAAAGUAUAAGUUCCACUCCACUAGAGGUUCAUAAAAGACUCCUGCAUGCUGAUACCGAGAUGCCUCCUGUCAGGUUAAAGAAGACUAAGCCAACAUGUACUGUGGCACCACUUCAGGAGAAAUCAAAAGGUUCUGGCUUCAGCGAUCCUCUCACUGGAGCACCAUCUCAGUACUUACAGAGACUUUCUAAAAUGGCCAUUUUGGAGUAUGAUACCAUUCGUCAAGAAACAACCAGAAAAUUUAAAAAGAGCAAAGAAACAAGAGCUUUGAGACGGCUGAUUAUCCUUUUGUGUGAUGCUUUCUUCACCGACUUCUAA